AUGCUGAGACAGAGGGAUUUCUUAAGUAAAAAGAUCAACACAAUCACUAGAACUAGCAAAGCAGCUGAUGAGGAUAAGACCAGUCUCAUUAUUAGAGUUUAAAAGGAGAACACUAAUCUAGUGAAAUCUUGUAAUGAAUUGAGAGAAUAAAGAGCCAAUCUCAUCUCCCACUUGUCUAAUAUGCAAAAGGCCUUAGAUAUAUUACAAAAGGAAAUUGCUUCUUUGAACAAUGGCGAAUCUAUUGAGUUUUAACAAUCAGACGAGGAUGUUCCACUUUAUAUAGAGAAAAACAAAAUAUAAAAACAAAUUUCAGCACCAAAAUUGACUCCAUUUUAGUAAUAUCAUUAGGAGAAGGAAAUAUCAAAAAUCAGAAAAUCUGACACCGUUCUAAAAAGAGAUAAAGGACAAUUGGAUUUAUAACAAUUGAUCAAAGAAAUUAAGACUUACAAUUUAACUGAUCAAGAACUCAGAGAUUAAGUAUAGCAAUUUUUAAGAAAUGAUGAAUCUUCAUCUAUUCUACCUUAGAUUCUAAAAUAUCCAUUCAAUCAGUCUCAAGAGGAAACCCAAUUAGCAGGACUAGAAUAAUCCAUCAUCAAUACAUCCUUAGAAACACAAAAACUUCAAUUGCCAUUAAUUAAACAAUGA